CCCAUAUCAAACACCCAAAGUUGCUCAUUUCCUUGUUUAGGUAAAAAAUAGUCUCUUGAAAGUGAUUGUUGUAAGCAGAGAUAGACAAAAGAGGUAAAAAAAAAGAAGAAGAGAAGAUGGAAUAUUGGAGCAGCUCCUUCAUCGAUGGCGCGUCUUCUUCCAGCUUCAUCUCUCCUUUCUAUAACUUUGACCAUUUUUCAGGAAACCAAGACAACAGAUGUUUAGGUACAAUGAUGGGUGCACAACAAGAUAUACUUCAUGUUCCUCUAGCAAUGGUAGAGAGUGGCUAUGGAGAAGAAAGCAACAGUUUUAAUGGACAGGAGAAGAAAAAAAAGAAGAUGACGAGCGAGCAGCUAAAGUUCCUCGAGAGAAGUUUCCAAGAAGAGAUAAAGCUGAAUCCGGACAGGAAGAUGAAGCUGAAUCCGGACAGGAAGAUGAAGCUGUCCAAAGAACUGGGGCUGCAGCCGAGACAGAUUGCGGUUUGGUUCCAGAACAGGAAAGCCAGGUGGAAGAACAAACAACUUGAGCAUCUCUAUGAAUCACUAAGACAAGAGUUUGAUAUUGUCUCUAGAGAAAAGGAAUUGCUACAAGAAGAGCUAAUACAACUGAAAUCAAUGAUAAGAGAGGAUAGUUCAUGCAAGAAGAAACAAACCUGGGAAAAAGCCUGCAGCUGAGGCAAUAGUAUAUAAGUUCCACUUCAGUUAUAUCUCCAAAAUGGCUCAAAUUUGUAGCUUUAGUCCCAAACAAGCAACAAUUUCUAUGGCUGAUUCUGUUUUCCUUUGUAUUAAGUAUUGUUUAAGUGAUUUUCGUGUAAAGGGUUCUUUACUAAGUUGAAGUUAAUGAAGAAACAUCGUGAUUCAAGAACUCUAGAUCCAU